CACGGGGCAGAGGACAAUGCCCAACGAAAGGCGUAAUGCUAAUAUACGAUGGGGAUGGGGAUUCGAUCGAUCGGAGGGGAGAUGUCAAUCUAAACCGGUGGCUGGUAAAAAGCCCAGCCCUCUCUCUUCUUCUCUUUUCUCUAACUCGCCUGUUUUAUCUUCUCUGCGGGGCGUCCACCCAUGAGCUCUGCCAGGUACACACUGACUCGGCCGUUUUUCUUUCCGCUAACUCUUGUUCUAUUGUUGUCUUAUGGAUCGUCAUUGAGAGGAUAUUUGUUAGUUUUCGUUGGGCAGGUGUGUGGUCAAAUUACUGCCGUCAACGUCGCCCCGUCUGCCACCUCAAAAUGCCUCGUGUACAUGUUGGACAGUGUUGUCAGUCUAGCCAGCCGUGAAGAGAAUUAUUGACAAUGGAUCUCCUCUGUCACACCUACCUGUCACCCAACAUCGUGGUG